CUCUGUAGCUCCUGGCUUUCAACUUAUCCUUUUGAAGUUGGCUGAGCCAGGGAACAUGAGACCAGGGGGUGCAGAGGAACCCUCCUCCUUGGGUUGUAGCUCUGUCAACUUCACAUGUUGGAUAUAGGCACCAACUUUGUCAUAGCCAACUCCAUCUAAAGUAUAUUUGAACUCCAAGAACACAACAAGAAAUGUUUAAACUUACACGAAUCGCUCUCUUGAGGAGGAGGGGACCGCCGCGCGAUUGACACGCAUAUUCCUACAGGCAUCCUCCCCCAGCCCCCACCCCCACGGCCGGAUUCGGGUGGCUCCUCUCCGAGCUGAAAUCCGAGAAAUCCUUGGAUCUUUCGUCUUAUUAAAAAAAAAAAAAAUCCAAGAACCAUCGGCAUUUUGCUUUAUUGCUUCUUAAUCGCAAGAUGAAGAAGUUUUUCGACUCCCGGCGAGAGCAGGGCAGCUCCGGCCUGGGCUCGGGCUCCAGCGGAGGAGGGGGCAGCACCUCGGGCCUGGGCAGUGGCUACAUCGGAAGGGUCUUUGGCAUUGGGCGGCAGCAGGUCACUGUGGACGAGGUGCUGGCGGAAGGUGGAUUUGCUCUUGUAUUUCUUGUGAGGACCAGCAAUGGGAUGAAAUGUGCCUUGAAACGCAUGUUUGUCAACAAUGAACAUGAUCUCCAGGUGUGCAAGAGAGAAAUCCAGAUAAUGAGGGAUCUGUCUGGGCACAAAAACAUUGUGGGUUACAUUGACUCAAGUAUUAACAAUGUGAGUAGUGGUGAUGUCUGGGAAGUUCUCAUUCUGAUGGACUUCUGUAGAGGAGGCCAGGUGGUCAACCUAAUGAACCAGCGCCUCCAAACAGGUUUUACAGAAAAUGAAGUGCUCCAGAUCUUUUGUGACACCUGUGAAGCUGUAGCCCGCCUCCAUCAGUGCAAAACUCCUAUUAUCCACCGUGACCUUAAGGUUGAAAAUAUCCUUCUACAUGACCGAGGCCACUAUGUCCUAUGUGACUUUGGAAGCGCCACCAACAAAUUCCAGAAUCCUCAAAGUGAAGGUGUCAAUGCAGUAGAAGAUGAGAUUAAGAAAUAUACAACGCUGUCCUAUCGAGCACCAGAAAUGGUCAACCUGUACAGUGGCAAAAUCAUCACUACGAAGGCAGACAUUUGGGCUCUUGGAUGUUUGCUGUAUAAAUUAUGCUACUUCACGUUGCCAUUUGGGGAGAGUCAAGUGGCAAUUUGUGAUGGAAGUUUUACAAUUCCCGAUAACUCUCGAUAUUCCCAAGAUAUGCACUGCCUCAUUAGAUACAUGUUGGAGCCAGACCCUGACAAAAGGCCAGAUAUUUACCAGGUCUCCUACUUCUCAUUUAAACUGCUUAAGAAAGAAUGCCCAAUUCCAAAUGUACAGAAUUCUCCUAUUCCUGCAACACUUCCUGAACCAGUGAAAGCUAGUGAGGCAGCUGCAAAAAAGACCCAGCCAAAGGCCAGAUUGACAGAUCCCAUUCCCACCACAGAGACUUCAAUUGCACCUCGUCAGAGGCCCAAGGCUGGGCAGACUCAAGCAAACCCAGGAAUCCUUCCCAUCCAACCAGCCCUGACACCUCGAAAGAGGGCCACUGUUCAGGCCCCACCUCAGGUUGCAGGAUCCAGCAAUCAGCCUGGGCUUUUAGCCAGUGUCCCUCAAACUAAAACCCAGCCUCCACCCAGCCAACCUCAACCCAAGCAGCCACAGGCUCCCGCAGCCCCACAGCAGACGCCUUCCACGCCGGCUCAGGGUUUGCCCACUCAGGCCCAGGCCACACCCCAGCACCAGCAGCAACUUUUCCUCAAGCAGCAGCAGCAGCAACAGCAGCCACAGCAGCAGCCACAGCAGCAGCAGCAACCACCGGCACCCCAGCAGCCAGUGGGCACAUUUUACCAGCAGCAGCCACAGCAGGCGCAGGCGCAGCAGUUUCAGGCCACCCAGCAGCCACCUAUUGCUCCGUUUCCUGCAGUAUCCCAAGGGAGCUCUCAACAACAGCUGAUACAGAACUUCUACCACCAGCAGCAACAACAGCAGCAGCAGCAGCAGCAGCCACAGCUAGCCACAACCCUCCAUCAACAACAGCUGCUAACUCAGCAGGCGGCCUUGCAGCAAAAAACCACUGUGGCAGCAGGACAGCCGCCCCAGGUGCAGCCAGCCACAGCCUCACAGCCACCUCCAGCCCAGGAGUCUGCGCAGAUUCAAGCCCCAGUAAGACAACAGCCAAAGGUCCAGUCAACCCCACCCCCAGCCGUCCAAGGACAGAAAGUCGGAUCUCUCACUCCUCCUUCAUCCCCUAAGACCCAGCGUGCUGGGCACAGGCGAAUUCUCAGUGACGUGACUCACAGUGCAGUCUUUGGGGUUCCUGCCAGCAAAUCUACCCAGCUGCUCCAGGCAGCUGCAGCUGAGGCCAGUCUCAAUAAGUCUAAGUCUGCAACCACCACUCCAUCUGGCUCCCCUCGGACUUCCCAGCAAAAUGUUUAUAAUCCAGCAGAAGGGUCUACUUGGAACCCUUUCGAUGAUGACAAUUUCUCCAAACUCACAGCUGAAGAACUAUUAAACAAGGAUUUUGCCAAGCUGGGGGAUGGUAAACAUCCUGAGAAGCUUGGAGGUUCAGCUGAGAGUUUGAUCCCUGGCUUUCAACCUACCCAAGGUGAUGCUUUCGCCACUUCUUCAUUUUCUUCUGGAACCGCUGAAAAGAGGAAGGGUGGGCAGACUGUGGAUUCUAACGUCCCACUUCUAAGUGUGUCUGAUCCUUUUAUUCCUCUUCAAGUACCUGAUGUACCAGAAAAACUAAUUGAGGGACUCAAAUCUCCUGACACUUCUCUUCUGCUCCCUGACCUCUUGCCUAUGGCAGAUCCUUUUGGUAGCACUUCUGACGCUGUAAUUGAAAAAGCUGAUGUUGCUGUUGAGAAUCUCAUACCAGGACUGGAGCCCCCUGUGCCCCAGCGACUCCCAUCUCAGACGGAAUCUGUGACCUCAAACCGAACAGAUUCUCUCACCGGGGAAGAUUCCCUGAUUGAUUGCUCUCUGCUUUCUAACCCUACUACUGAUCUUCUGGAAGAGUUCGCCCCCAUAGCCAUCUCUGCUCCGGCCCAUAAAGCUGCAGAAGAUAGUAAUCUCAUCUCAGGUUUUGAUGUCCCUGAGGGCUCGGACAAGGUGGCAGAAGAUGAGUUUGACCCUAUUCCUGUAUUGAUAACCAAAAACCCACAAGGUCUUCAGAGAGAGCCCAAUCCUUGUCCUGUAAUAACUGUAGAGCACUUUAAAGAGUCAACGGGUGUUAAAGGCCUUCCCUUGUAUCCAGACCCAUCUAGAAUGCCUUGCACAAAAACUCAGAACAGUUUAGAAUCUGAGUACUUGACUAGAGAUGGCCCUUCAAGCAACAGUUCAUUCCACAGCAGUGAAGAGGAAGGGACUGACCUUGAGGGGGACAUGCUGGACUGCAGUGGCUCUCGGCCUCUCCUCAUGGAGUCUGAAGAAGAGGAUGAUAGCUGCAAGCUUCCCCAAGGAAAGCUGGGAGGAACUAUUCCAUUCCCUCAGCCAGAAGUCUCCACUGAGGAGGCAAAGGCAGUACAAAGUGGAAGAAGGAACCAGUUCCAGACUCUUACGCAACCACCUACUGAUGACCUUGGUGAGCCAGAUGUUUUUGCCACAGCACCCUUCCGGAGCUCCAGGGUUCCAACUGGUGACAUGGACAUUUUCUCCAAUGCCCCAUUUGUCUCCAAGGGCAGUGUGGCUGCAUCUCAGCCAGAGGAGGCAGACGUGUUCUUGAGAGCGCCAUUUACCAAGAAGAAAAGUAUGGAGGAGUUAACAGUCACCCAGAGCACUCCACAGGACUUGCCUGCACAGGGCAGUCUCCGAAGUCAGACAGAUGAUGCCCCUCUGCUGUCAGGCCUCGACAAAGCAGUGUAUGCCUCUAUGCGAGCUCAGUAUUCCACAGCGGGUUUUGUCCAGCAGGCUAAUCUUCCCUCCCAUUCUGUACAAACUGCAGAUCAUGUUGACAUCAUCUCUCCCAGGGCCUCCUUUCUGGAAUCUGGAGGCCAUCCUAAUGACAGAAACAAAGGACCUCAGCCCCAGAAAGAAGCUGUGUCCGGCUCUGUGGCUGGCAAACCAUUCCGCCCCCAGUCUUUAUCCAAAUAUUCCCGUCACUAUAGCCCAGAAGAUGAGCCAAGUCCAGAAGCCCAGCCCAUUGCUGCCUACAAAAUUGUUUCACAAACCAAUAAGCAGUCAAUAGCUGGCUCUGUCUCCAUCACAUCCCUUUCCUCUAGGACUACAGAGCUGCCAACUGCUGAUCCUUUUGCUUUAGCACCCUUUCCUUCCAAAUCAGGCAAGCAGAAACCUUAGGAACAGUACCUAAGCCUUAGGGCUGUCUCUUCCCCUCCCUCCAUACUGACCACACCACACACAAUUAUCUUUCUGUUCUUUUCAUCAGAGAAGUUCUAUCUAUACACUCAGUUGCAGGAAUAUUUGGUUGAAACUUAAAUUAUGCUCAUCGUUUUGCUUAUAUUAAUUUCUGAGCUUUUAGUUCUUUUCUAUCUCCCCUUCUACCCAGAAUGCUUUUUCCCACCACAGAUGUUUUAAAUCUAGAAAGUACUUCACCCCGACAUUCAAGGGGACGUUUUUUAUUCCUAGUUUUAAUUCCUGUAGUUCUUCUGAGUCAUGUUGAUUGAGGAAUCAUGAUUAGUCCUCUAAGACUUGACGUAAUACUCUUUUGAAGGGGGGAUAGAUAUUUCUGGAAAGUAGUGCAAGAUUAAAGUCCUGCACAUCAAAAGGAGGUGUAAUCCUGCAGAUACUAAUCAUUCCUAUAAAACCAGCAGCUCUGGAAGAGUUCUCUAAAUCUAUUUCUGAGUCUGGAGGGGCCAGGCUGCCCUCAUACAUAAGCUGCCCUCAUACAUAAGGCUUAUAAUAUGUGUCAAAUUCUUCCCUACAUUGAAAUGUAAACAGACAAGGUGUCUUUGUCAUGUUCAUUAGUGUUGAGCCUUCCCUGUGUCCACCCUUUUUAAGGUUAGUAUGAGUGAACAGGUGUCUGUGUGUGUGUGUGUGUGUCUUACAUUUGUGAAAGUUUGUGUAUGCGUAUAUAUGCACAUACACCAGCACAGGAAACUUUUUUUUCCCUUUAGGUAGAUCCUGUCCCACCAUGCCUACCUCCAUAAUCACUCAUUUACUGACAUUUGUCUCCUGACCUAACUGACUUGAACCCUAUUUUGUUCAAUUUUAUGCCAAAAUUGAGUACAAUUAAGUACAGGAAAAUCCUGCUGGAAUGAAAGAUUCAAAGUAAUAUUUUUUAAAGAGUACUGAAAAGCUUAAGUCUGAGUUAAGUCUGAUUCAUUGCAGAAUCAAUUAAUCAUGAGGCUAGGUCACAGGCUGGAUAUGCUUUUCUUGUUUUUGUCCAAAUGCCUGUCAUCUUUCGCUGUUGUCCUUUGAGUACGUUGUAUCAGAGACAGGCAGAUCAGCUUGGGAGAAUGGGAAGGAACUAAGUGAACCAUAGAAAACCUUUCAAUAUCCUAUCCGGUAAAGUAUACCGGAUAGGUAACUGACUUGUGUUUUUGAAAUGUCUUCUGUUUUUUGAAAGAUAUGAGUCAUUCCUGGCCGUUUUCAUACCCUUUAUAAUUAGUGCCUUAAAAUGAAGCUUCUCUGUAGGGAGAUUUCAGCUGAGAAAUGGAAAGAGUUGCUGUACCAUGUUUCAGCUUGAAAGCUUCCUAUGACUUGUAGCAAGUGUUAGUGAUUUCUGCAUUAGCUGGAGAAGCUGGGAGAUAACCUUACCAAACCAGAUUAAUGAUUUAAGAAUUAUUGGAAAUUCACCCAAGAAUAGUCUUUAAAUUUGAAGUUCAGAGAUCUUGGCAGGAAAAUGUAAGACUUUUUUUGAAAAUUUAUUCUUCAUCUGUUUUAAAUGUCCAGCUUAAAAAAAAUUAACCUUUUCACAUAAAUAAAUGGCACUGGAUUAGAGCUA